CGUAACACUCUCACCUUCUUCCAACUAGGGUUUUUAAGAUUAGGAUGCCAACGCUCCACACUCUUCACUUCUCUCAUUUUCUCGUCAGCCGCAGUGGCUAGGGUUUUCCACACAUUAACUCUCACAAAAAUUUUCUCUCUCGUUUCUCCCCAUUUCCUCUCCCACCGAACACUCUCUUCAUUCGGCUAUGGCGUCCAGCAAUCAAUAGAGCGGUCUGUACUGUUCUAGACGGUCUUUAAUUUGAUUGGCGAGGGGAGGUUUUCUCGGAAGUAAUCGGAAGAGCAGAAAUGGCGACCAUGAACCCCUUCGAUCUCCUCGGAGACGACGAUAACGACGAUCCUUCGCUGCUCAUCGCUAAGGUCGAGAAGGAGAAGCCUAAGGUUGCUGCUACUCCUGCUGCGGCUCAAGCUCCGCAAGGCAAGCUUGUUAACAAGCCGCUUGCCCCUGCUCAAGCUGUGAGGGAAUCGAGAAAUGAAGGUGGCCGUGGAGGAGGAAAUCGUGGUGCUGGGCCGCGUUAUGCACGUGGAGGUCGAAGUGGUGGCGGUGGUUUCAACAGGGAGUCUAACAACUACGAGGCUGGUUAUGGGAACAGCAAGCCAUCUGAAGAUGGUGAGUCUGGGAGGACGAAUGAGAGGCGUAGCUACGGUGGUCCUCGCAUUGUUGGUGGCGGCCCUUCUUCCCGUGGACGUCGUGGUGGCUAUAGUAAUGGAGAAGCUGGUGAGGGCGAGCGCCCCAGAAGGGUGUUUGAGCGUCGCAGCGGAACUGGCCGUGGGAGCGAGAUAAAGCGUGAAGGGUCUGGUCGUGGAAACUGGGGGACUGCUUCAGAUGAUGUUGCACCAGGUACUGAAGAACCUGUGGUAGAGAAUGAAGCAAAUGCCACUGCUGAGAAGCAGCCUGCUGAGGGUGAGGCUGCUGAUGCCAACAAGGACAGUCCUGCAAAUGAAACUGAAGAGAAAGAGCCUGAGGAGGAUAAGGAGAUGACACUGGAGGAGUAUGAGAAGGUUCUUGAGGAGAAGAGGAAGGCUUUGCUUGCUCUGAAGACCAGCGAGGAAAGGAAGGUCGAUGCUAAAGAAUUUGAAUCCAUGCAACAGCUGUCCUGCAAGAAGGAAAAUGUAGAAAUCUUUGCCAAGCUGGGUUCUGACAAGGACAAGAAAAAAGAAACUGCUGCUGAAAGGGAAGAGAGGGUUAAGAAGGCUGUGAGCAUAAAUGAGUUCCUAAAGCCAGCUGAAGGCGAGAACCCCUACAGGGGUGGUGGCCGUGGCAGGGGCCGUGGGCGCGGUGAUCGUGGUGGUAGAUCCAGCGGUGGAUAUGGAGGAGGCUACAACAGCCGUGACGUGUCAGCCCCAUCUAUUGAAGACCCAGGGCAGUUCCCGUCGCUGGGUGGCAAGUGAAGAUUUUUCUGCAAGAAGAGAAGUCCGGUGGAGUCGAAGGGGGUUUGGUUCGUUAUCAUCAGGAGUCACGCUCGAGAACAGAACGCAUAUUUUAAUUUAACUCUUGUCUUAGUUUAAAUUUGGGUGUAAAUUUAGAUAUGCCUGUCUUGGGUCUAUCUUCUGGCAGUGAUUCCUUUGCUGCAACUUUGGAUAAGCUUGAUACUCUUGUCAUCACUUUUCUUUUUUAUUAUCCCCCCUUUUUGUUAUAUUUUUGGUUAAAACAGGUAAGUUUAGGGGAGUCUUGGAGUCGUAUCGUCUUUCGGAACUUGGAUGGUUAGCAUUUAGCAGCAGUUUUGUUUUGUCAAAUUUAGGGAUUUGUAGUUGUACUACUGUUAGUUUUUUUCUCUUUCUCUUGCUCUACUACAUCUUCAUGUGUUUCUGCAUAUUUUGUGUUGAGCACUUCUGUCUAAUCCUUGAUUGAUUAAAAUCUCGAAUAACUGAGCUUAGAUGACUUAGCCUUGACUUGUCAACAGCUGACUGUCUAUCUAGGUCUCUGCCGGUGGUCUAGAUCAGCAGCUACAGCUGAUCCGGCGGCCUGCUGCUGCUGCUGCUGCGGGAAAUUGAGAGAUGCCCGUUGCCUAGGAGGUGUUUGUGAAAAUUCCCCGGUUACAGUCUUACAACACAUUGUUGGCUUGCUAUGUUAACAUCUUGGAUAUGGAAGCGGCACUAGGCUUAUUCAGAAUACAUUGCAAGGAUGCAGCUUCAUGGAACACGAUGAUAUUUGGCUUGGCACGGAAUUAAUGGAUGGAGGAAGCAGUUCUCUGCAAUGCCGGUGAAAAAUGUUGUUGCUUGGAACGCUAUGAUGGGAAUGCUGACCGUGGGGAGUUGGUCACAUAAGACACCAUGAUUCUGGUUAUGUCGAGAAUUCUAUAGCUCAAGCUGGAGUGAACCUGAGUAAGGAUGUGGUUGUGCAGCACGAAGUAGGCGAACUAGCCGAGUGUGUUAGACUGGAUAAGGAAAGAUUAUGAGGUUCAAUCCAAACGUGAUCACAGUACUUGUAGUGUUGAUCUUCUCAGUCGAGCUGGUACAUAUGGAGCCCUUUUGGCCGCUUACAGGGUACACAGGAACACUGAAAUUGCUGAGCUUGAUAAAAAAACCUGCUUGAUCUUGACCCAAUCGCUAUUGCGUCCGACUGUACUAACACGAAGCAUCAACUUGAACUGGAAUGACUCGUAAUCGAUAUUAAAAGAUCGAAAGUACA